GGAUGGUCGCUUGCGAUGAGGCGCGGCGGCGGCGCGUGCGCAUGGCUCGGCACGCCCUGCACGCGGAAGAACGGCGCCGUCUGCACGUGCCGCGUUCACACUGCGCUACUGCAGGAGUUCGCGACCCUCACGAAGGAGCUCAACCAGGCGCGGGAGCAGCUCCUGGAGAGAGAAGAGGAAAUCUCCGAACUCAAAGCAGAGAGGAACAAUACCAGAUUACUCCUAGAGCACCUGGAAUGCCUGGUGUCGCGACACGAGCGCUCGCUGCGCAUGACCGUAGUGAAGCGGCAGGCGGCUGCGCAGUCUGGCGUCUCCUCGGAGGUGGAAGUCCUCAAGGCGCUCAAAAGUCUCUUCGAGCAUCACAAGGCCCUCGACGAGAAGGUUCGAGAAAGAUUACGUGUGGCGUUAGAGCGGAACACGGCAUUAGAGGAGGAAUUGGCGCUCACCAAAGAAGAAUUGCAGCAGUACAAACAGUCGAGCACACAAGAGGGCGACAAGCCAAAGGAGAACGGCACUGUGCCGAGCGGCUCGCCCGAACAGAACGGCGAGCAACAACAGGCUAAGGAACAAAGUAGUGUUAACGGCGAAUCGGAGAGCAGUCGGAAAAUCAAUGAGCUACAAAACACUGUCGCCAAACAGUCAGCUGAGCUGAGCUCGUGGCAGCGGCGCGUGGCGGAGCUGAACAAUAAGGUGUCCGAGUUGGAGGAGCGGCUGUCCAAAGGUGAAAAGGAGUUGGCCAAGAAACAAGAGGAGUGCGCCAAAUUGCAGCGCGAUCUUCGAGAAAACGUCGCCCAAAAGGAGGAUCAGGAGGAGCGGAUAGCGACGCUCGAGAAGCGGUACCUCAACGCACAGCGCGAGUCCACCUCGCUGCACGACCUCAACGAGAAACUCGAGCAGGAGCUGCAGCACAAACAAGCGCAACUCAAGCUGCAAGAGGAGAAGAUAGCCGCCAUCGAGGAGAAGCUGGAACUGUCCACGCAGAAGCUGGCGCAGAUGUCCUCGCUGCCCGAGAUGGAGGAACAGCUCAAGGCCAGGAUGGAGGCACUUAACCAGGCGCAAGAGCGUCACGGCUCGGCUGAGGACCGCAUCCAGCGGCUGGAGGCGAGCGUGGAGGAGAAGAACGCGGAACUAAUGAGGCUGAACCAGCGGCUGCGCAUGAACGAGGAGCACAACACCAGGCUCUCCGCCACCGUCGACAAGCUUCUGUCUGAGUCUAAUGACAGGUUACAAGUGCACCUGAAGGAGCGCAUGCACGCGCUGGACGAGAAGAACGCGUUGACGCAGGAGUUGGAGAAGACGCGCAAGUACGCCGACGAGCUGAUGGCGGAGAAGCAGGACAUACUCAAAGAACUCGCCAAGUGGCGCAUGGAGACUGAACAGCUGAAGCGGCAGAUGCUGGAGCAGGAGAUCGCGUUCAACAUCCAGCAGACCGACGCCCUGACGCGCUCGCUGUCGCCCGCCGCCGCGCAGCAGCCGCCCGGCCUCUUCCAGCCCAAGUUGGACAGUUCGUGGGAGAAGCUGCAGCAGGCGCACGUGCUCGCCAACGUGCAGCAACCCUUCGACGUCUCUAGCGACGCAGAGAACGAUGAGUCUGACGGCGGCGUGGAGGGGGGGCACACGGACGCGGCGGCGCUGGCGCUGAUGCUGCAGGAGCAGCUCGACGCCAUCAACACCGAGAUCCGCCUCAUACAGGAGGAGAAGCAGAGCACCGAGGCACGCGCCGAGGAGCUCGAGUCCAGGGUGGGCAGCUACGAGCACAUGAACGUGGUGUCGCGGCGCGGCGAGUCGCCGCCGCUCGCCGCCUCGCCCUCGCGCCCGCACCUCGCCGCGCACCACAAGUACCACACCGCGCCGGCGUCGAUGUCUCCUGCGCACGCGCACUACCGCGCGCCGCCCGCGUCCGAGAGCCUGCCCGCCAGCCAGUUGCAGUUGUGCGAGGACGGCAGCGGCGUGGGAGGAGUGGGAGGGGUGGGAGCAGUGGGCGGCGAGGGCGCGGAGUCGCCGCUGACGGCGCGCUCGCUGCGGCUGGAGCGGGCGGCGCGCGCGCUGCACGCCGAGCGCGACCGCCUGCGCACGCACUACCACGCGCCCUACGACUCCUCGAGCCAGGAGUCGCUGGGCGGGUCGGGCGGCGGGUGGGGCGGCGGCGCGUCCCCCGUGGCGCCGCGCGGGGUGUCCGCCGCCGCCUCGGCCGCCUCCAUCGCCUCCAUGCACCAGCAGAAGAAGCGAGGCAUCAAGAGCUCGCUCGGCAGGUUCUUCAGCAAGAAGGAGAAGGCCGGCAUGCCGAUGGCCGGCGGCGCGGGCGGUGUGGGGGGCGGAGUCCCCGGGAGCGGCGCGCGGUCGCUGUCGUCUGCGUCGGCGCUGGGCCUGGCCGCGCUGGCCGACGAGCCGCCCGACGCACCCAUCCCGCCGCUGCACCAGGACUACGCGCGGUCCAAGACAAAGGAGCGUGACUACCGGCACGAGUUACUCGGCGAGGCGAUGCGCGCGGGCACUCCGUUCGCGCUGUGGAACGGGCCCACUGUGGUGGCGUGGCUGGAGCUGUGGGUCGGCAUGCCGGCGUGGUACGUGGCCGCGUGUCGCGCCAACGUCAAGUCGGGCGCCAUCAUGUCGGCGCUGUCGGACCAGGAGAUCCAGCGCGAGAUCGGCAUUAGCAACCCGCUCCACCGGCUGAAGCUGCGCCUGGCUAUCCAGGAGAUGGUGUCGCUGACGUCGCCGUCUGCACCGCGCGGCACCGCCUGCGCCGCCCUCGCCUUCGGGGAUAUGAACCACGAGUGGAUCGGGAACGUGUGGCUUCCUUCACUCGGCUUACCUCAAUACAGAACGACGUUCAUGGAGUGCCUGGUGGACGCCAGGAUGCUGGAGCAUCUCACCAAGAGGGACCUCAGGACGCAACUCAAAAUGGUUGACAGUUUUCACAGAACGUCCCUACACUUCGGCGUGGCGUGCCUGAAGCGCGUGGGGUACAGCGUGCGCGCGCUGGAGGAGCGGCGGCGCGCGGCCGAGCUCGCCAACCGCGACGUGCUCGUCUGGACCAACGAGCGGCUGCAGCGCUGGCUCCUCGCCAUCAACCUCAAGGAGUACGCGAACAACCUGUCGGAGAGCGGCGUGCACGGCGCGCUGAUCGCACUGGACGACUCGUUCGACGCGAACAGCAUGGCGCUCGCGCUGCAGAUACCCACGCAGAACACACAGGCCAGACAAAUCCUAGAAGUAGAGUUCAGCAACCUGCUGGCCACGGGGACGGAGCGAGCGGCCCGGCUCCACCACGAGCACGCGCCCGCCUCCUGACACACCACCAUGAACUAGACCACCACCACCACCACCGACCACCACUGACGCCGCCAGUGUGUGCGAGACACUAACGACAGUAUUAACUUGAACCAUGUAGGUUAACGUUUCGAUGUUAUUCGGGAGACUUGUCGAACGAUUGUAACGAAACCGGCGAGACCGGCGGGAUAUCGGUUAGUGAACGAACGUCUCUAGUGUAAGAUGUUUUCAGAUUGGUACAAAUUAUGUUCUGCAUGCGAAUGGUGUGGAACGCUGAUUUCAGUGCGAUGGCACGGUGUGGCAAUGGUACGCCCGUUUGGUAUGGCAACACUUGACUAAUACGUUUUCAUGACUUGAUUAAAAACCUUUUUUAAUGUAACUUAUUUCUAAUUUUAAAAAACUUUGUCAGUUUAAAAAGCUGACUAUCUAAUUUCUUUGUAUAAUUUAUUUGUUUUUUAAUGUUCUUCACUUUUUGACUUCUGUAUUAUAUUAAUAUUAUUUGAAAAGGAUACAAACAGAUUUGAUUAUACUAUAUUUAGUAAUGUUGCCACAAUCAAAGAGUAAGAUUAAAUGUUAAAAAAAACAAUAAAAGUUUUCAUUAUCUGUAUAAAAUAUUAAACAGUUGUAGCGGAAGCUUCAUAUGAUAAACUAUAUUAAAUACAAAAGUGCUCUGAUAAUUGUAGAUUUACUAUGUACUUAAAGUGUAUUCCGAUAUUUACUAUUACGGGAAAAGAAAACGAACAGGGUCGUGUUCAUGAAUACCCACCACGCUUACACGCUGCGACAGCGGCGAUUACAUGUGUCAAAGUUGACAGCUAACGUCAACUUUGACAUUGACAAUGAUAAUAAAGUAAUCAAUAAGACUUGACCGAAUGAAUUACAUAUUUUUAUAGGACCCUCGUGGCGAGUUUCUUAAACACGACUCAUGUAAUUUGACAUGUCAUACUCUGAUGCCAAAUAUUAGUUAAAAUUCCAACUAAUAUAUUUUCGUGGGCUGUUACACCGUCUUAUGGUGACACUAAGAGACUGUAUAGUACAGGCCCUGCGCCGGACUAUUUUUGACAUUUGAUUCCAUUUUAUGUAAUAGUUGCUUAUGAGGUGUCUAUAAUAUUGUUACUGCUUUUUGUAUGAAUUGUUAUGAAAUUUAACAAAAUGAUAUACGUAUACUAACGAUAACAAUAUUGAUUAAAUUUGACACAUACCGGUGGGUUGUGAGACGGUGCAACAGUCCGAUUAGAUUAAAGGUGUUGUGAGAGAUGAUGUAAUCCGUGAUACAAACACAGAACAACCUCUUUUUAUGUAUUAUUUUGGGUUAGUAUGGACGUGGGUGUGUACGGGCCCGCGCCACUUUCAGUUCUCGUUAGAUACCUGUCUACCAAGUGCCUCGCUGAGGUGUGUAUAUAUAGCUUUACGUAGAUGAAUGUGUGCCUCUUCGUAUGACAGUACUCGCGUAUUAACAGUCAACUCGAUGCGGCGGCUAUAGCACGGACUAUCGGAUGAAACAACAACGCAUUCCCUGAUCACAAGAUCAUUAUAAAAAAAUGUACGGCAUAGAUAUAAAUUCUGUGAUAAGACAAAUAUUAACUGUUUUUAUUUUCCCAAACAAAGAUUAAUAAUUAUUAUUUUUAAAGCAUCACAAUUGGUCCAAUUUAAAGUUUCCAAAAGUAAGUAGGUGCUAUAGCCACCGCAAUAUGUACUAAAUUUAUACAAUUGAAGAAGUAUAGGCUUUUUCCAUUAACGCUCGACUUUAUACUUAACGACGGGAGCACACAAUGCUAGUCUUGUGUACAGUGUUAAUCGACAUCGUUUUGUAUUCUACGAUUAUAAUAAAAUACUUUCUAAUAGCGAAACAUCAUUUAUACAUAGCUAGGUAUAUUUUGUUAAGCGUUUACAAUGUGUAAAAUGUAACCCGCUGUGGAGUGGCGCCGUGACGCGUGAAGCCGAGUGUCACGCCGCGCCGUGACAGCUGUCGGGAGUCACGCCACAGCGAGCGGAUUGUAGCUCGAUUUUUUCUAUAGGCGUGUGGUAUACGAGCUUUUUAAUAUUUUAUAUUUAUUUUUAAGCAAACUUUUUUAUAUAUUUAUUAUAGUGAUUUUAUAUACUUUGUAAGUAGCAUUUAAACUAUUAAAAAUAAACAGCGAACAAUUUUAUGAAGUUUUUAAUUUUGUUUUAAAAUUCGUAUAUCACACGCCGGUCAAUGGUUAAUUGAAAACAAAAAAUAUUUAAAAAAAUAUGAUUGUAUAGUUAACAUGACGUUGAUUUGGUGGAAUCCUUUUUUAUAUUUAGCAAAUGCACUGUAAAUAUCAUGGUAUCUACUAUAAUAUAUUAGCGUUUCUACUUUAGUGGUACACAGUUAUAAAUAGGUAGAAUGUGUUCAAAAACUAUUAGAAGUUUAUUAUUUUAAUAACGCUUUAUUUAUUAACUAGUUAAUAUUAUUUAUUAAGUUGAAGCUUGUAUCGGUCGGCGGCCGGCGCGUAGUGCGCUACCUCAGGGCCGCCGCGCGGUCCACAACUAUCACAAUUAGUAAGCGCGUGAAGGUCGGACGGGGAUGAGCCGCUAAUGUACUUGUAUUAAGGUAUUUCUUAUUGUAAUGAUGCGUAAAAUGUAUGAGAAGCAGUAUUAAUAAAAUUUAGACAUGUUAUAAUGUGUGGCCACCAGUGUGAUUUUUUACUUAAAAUUUUAAAAACGUUUACAUCUAGAAAAUCCCGUCGUUCGACAUGUGUUGAUAAAAUAUUACUUCCACGUUCCAGAGUGCAAAUAUCAUAUUGAUAUUGAUCAAAUCUCGAGGGUUACAACGACAUAAAUUCAAUUUAAUCGGAAUUGUAUGCAAUAUAAAAAUAAUAUAUUGACAUUUUUGGCUUGUCAAAAUGACAGACGUCAAACGGGGCUUUUUAGGUGGAUCGUGUUAUAGUAUAGUAAAUUAAAGGAACGCGGCAGGCAUCUCGCUACGUCGUCUACAUUAGUCAAAUUCCUUAUGUGUAUAAUAUUUCAUAUUCAAAUUAUAUUAUGUAAAAGACCAAAACAUGUUGAAUUGAAGUUGUAAAAUUUAAAUUCAAAGUGGGCACUGUAGGCGCUAUUGAAAGAUAAACUCCGGCGAGGUGGGACGCGAGGAGCGUGCUCUCGCGAUACUUCACGUUGUACACGCGUCGUGUUCUCACGUGAUCGGUACGGCACGAUCCGCCCGUUCCACUUUGCGUCCGUAUAUAUUUUCGUGUUUUAACAAAAUGGGUAGAUUAUAGCAUUUAUUUGACAAAUUAAUUUUGUUGAAUACAAGUUUCUAGAUAGGCAAUUGUACAUGAUCUAUAUUGCAUGGUUACGCCCCAUUAAACGAUUCAACUGUGACGCCAAUAGUGUGCAAUGGAGUGAAUUUUCAAAGUGUUGUAUUGUAACUGAAUUAUAAUUAUAGACUUUAUUACGGCUAGUCGUCGCGAACGUUUACCGUUGUCUAUGAGAUGGGAGACGAUUCUGGUUGAGCGUUAUUCGUGUUCCGUUCGGCUCGUUUGGAUAUUAUUCUGCUGUUAGAGAGCGACGCUGUGGACGCCCUGCGAGUGGAUACAACCAACUGCUGAUACCGUCCCCGGGAAUUAUUUCCAAAUGGUGGUUAUAUUAUAAGGCAUCACAAUGAAAUGUGUUUGGGACGCAUUUAACUCUAAAUUAGUCAAUUUGAUCAUCACAACCGUCGCCAGUUGCGAGUGUGUCGCGCGGCCGCAGCGUCGCUCGCAGCCCGCAGUCAGACGGCUGACGUAUAUCAUUAAUACACAUCACUCGUUUCAUGUAAAAUUAUAUCAUAACGUUUUAUAAAACGCAAAUAUGUUUAACGUGAUGGUUAUUUAGUUAGUUAGUGUAUAGCUUUUCGAUGUAGCUACGUUUUUGUAUAAAUUUGUGGUUGGAAGGUGUACCGUUACCGUCGAGACGUCGUUCCGGACACGCUGAGGUCUGUUCCAAAUAAAGUGUCCGCGAGACUGCACUCUGCAGUGGCAGCCGCCAGCGCACAGUGAUUGUCCACAGUUGAAGUUUUCGCUCCGUAGUGUGUCCAUAGUUAUUCCGUAAUGUAUGAAACCUCCACAAGUGCCAAGUAUCGUCGUUUAUGCGGAACGGACGCGGCCGUACUAAUGUUUUGUAUAUCACCGACAUUCCAGCGCACAUUUCGAUGUUCCCAUUGUAUUAUGAACGUACGAAUUGUCCUCGAACAAAUUAUAUUUUUUCACAAAAGGUCCCAGUGGCUCGCGCUACCAAAGAGUAAAGUUACCUUCACGUUAAGGAGUUUAUGUAAAAAUAGCUGAGAGUUAGUGAAAUUCGUAAUGUGUAUAUAUUCUGCAUCUGUGUUGCAUAGCUUCGUAUAGCGUGGGGUGUGGGGAGUGUUUGCGGGCGGUGAGGGGGGAGGGAAGGGGGGUUGUGAGCGGGCGCCGGUGCCUGUGACGCGUAACAUUCCAGGCUUUCCGUGUUUGUAACUUGUCGCCUCACUAAUGUAUGUUAGCGAAAUAAUAUUGUUGCGGGGCAGAUUGUUAACCUAGACAAUGAUUAUUUUGACCAAUGUAAUCCGAACAACCGUGUAACCUUUGUAAAAAUAUUUAUGAAGUGUGCGAUAACGGCGUACGUUAUGCGUAAUGAUAAGAGGUAAAUACAAUUUACACGAUAUAAA